UGGACGACCCGCUAAACGCCGCGGGCGCAGUUCCGUACGUCACUGCCAGCACGCUCACUGGUUUGCUACGGGAGUUGAGUGCUCUUGGCUAACGUAUACUGCGACCAUGCGUAGCCCAUCAUCGUUCCGCGACAGACCGAAUCCCGGUGAAGUACUCGAAAUCCUGAACGAGCACCUCCCGGCCUCCGAACCGCCCAUCGCCCCGUUCAGCCAAUCCCGCGUCAAGCUCACGGCUGCCUCGGAUCAGAAGAAGCUCGGGUACAAGCCACUUGCGAUGAAGCUGUCCGAAGCAUCCGAAAUCCUCGACGACCGGAUAGACGACUUUGUCGCGCUCAUUAUGGAGCACCACAAGCUGGAUGACUCGGCGUUUGGGAGUCCCGCCAGCCAAGGGACCGCCGAGAUCGUUGCCGUCGGCCGCAUCGCGUCAGACUCGCUGGAGGGCAAGCUCAACGCUGCGUCGCUGGUAUUAGAGAGCUCCAGGAGAAUGGGCAACGGGCUGCGCGUGCCCCUGAACCUGAGCAAGCUCAAGGCGUACCAAUUCUUCCCCGGCCAGAUCGUCGCCCUCAAGGGCAUCAACAGCUCCGGCCGCGAGUUCACAGUCCACGAAGUCCUCGAUAUCCCCCUCCUCCCGAACGCCGCCUCCGCUCCAAGCGACCUCGCCGCCCACCUCUCCCGGCUGCGCGGCGGACCGGACGCCAUGGACGCCGACUCGGACCCGCUCCCGCUCACCAUCCUCUUCGCCUCGGGCCCGUACACCGCCGACGACAACCUCGACUUCGAGCCGCUGCACACGCUCUGCAACGAAGCCGCCGACACCUUCGUCGACGCGGUCGUGCUGACAGGCCCCUUCAUCGACAUCGACCACCCGCUCAUCGCCGCGGGCGACUUCGACCUGCCGCCGGAAGCAAGCUACGACCCGGACACGGCCACACUCGCGACCGCGUUCAAGUACCUCAUCUCGCCGGCGCUCAACCGGCUGGCGGCGGCCAACCCGGCGGUGACCAUCCUGCUGGUGCCCUCGGUGCGCGACGCGCUCGACAAGCACGUCUCGUGGCCGCAGGACGCCUUCCCGCGGCGCGAGCUGGGCCUGCCCAAGACCGCCCGCGUCGUCGGCAACCCCAUGACGCUGAGCAUCAACGAGGCCGUGCUCGGCAUCAGCAGCCAGGACGUGCUGUGGGAGCUGCGCCACGAGGAGCUCGUCGGCGGCGCCGCCGUGGCCGCCGCCCCCGACGUGCUCUCCCGCGCCAGCAGAUACCUGCUCGAGCAGCGCCACUACUUCCCGCUGUUUCCGUCCGUCGAUCGGAGGCGGUUGCCCAAGACGGGGGCGGUGGUAACAACGGGUGAGAAUGGUGGUGGCGGUGCUGGUGGCGGUGGUAUGCCGCCUGGCGCGAUGCUCGAUGUCAGCUAUCUGAAGCUGGGCGAGAUGGUGAACGUGCGGCCGGACGUGUUGGUUGUACCGAGCGCGUUGCCGCCGUUCGCCAAGGUCGUGGAAAGUGUGCUGGUCAUCAACCCCGGCUAUCUAUCGAAGCGGAGAGGUGCUGGCACAUAUGCCAAGAUGACGCUGUAUCCACUAUCACAGAAGGACCUGGGCGGGGACGGGCUGGUGGCGCACAGGAUAUUCGAGAGGGCCAGGGUAGAAAUCACGAGGAUCUGAGCAACAGCGUACAUGGAUGGAGGUUAAUUCAUGAGCACGCCCCUUUCGUCUAUGGGGGCAUGGGUGGCUG